CCCGACUCUCCCACGGAAGUUGAGGAGGGCUGGGAUCUGAUGUCUAGCCAGAGAGGUCAUGGACAGCUGGUGCCACCUUCAGACAUGGAUGGCUCCUACCUUGGUGUAGCUCGACUACAAACUUUGCAUAAGGACCACAACUUAACUUGUAGAAGCCCUAGUCUUCAACCUUCAACUCGACCUGGUAGGAAUAGGGGCGUCCUUGAGGCCGGCACCCCCGGAGGUCAGACGGAGGCCAGGAACGGUCGUCUUUUGCAAAACGGAUUGCCCCAUAAAUGCAACCACAGGGCAUCUCCAGCCACGCAGCCAUUGGCUCCUCUUCUUCGGAGAACUCCCGAUGGGGAGAAGAGGAGGAACGGCUGUCCUCUUCCGGGGUGUCCCUUCCAUCAAAAAUUAAGAAACUCGGCUCACGAGUCUUUCCAAGACGCUUGCCACAUUCAAGACCGAUAUCCGGGGGCCCCGUGCGAAUCCUCCUCGGAAUAUUUUGGCUCGCCGCACCUUCGGAGGCCAAAGGCCGGCGAUGUCACGAGACCAAAAGAAGCCGAUCAGCGCGGCCAGAACUUCUCCGAAGAGAAAAGGAAAGAGCUCCUGCUCCAGAAAAUUGAGCUGGAAAUCGAGAAGGAGCGUCUGCAGAAUUUGUUAGCGGAGCAAGAGGCCAAACUUCUCCAGCAGCAAGAGCAGCUCCAGCAAUCCAGGCGGGAGUAUCAUCGGUUUAAAACCCGCGCUGGCAAUCCGGAAGACGGGCUGAUGGGGGAAGCCCUGAUGGGACCAGGCUCCUCGGCUCCGGCCCUGAACGGGAUUUGUGAUGGCCUCAG